AUGCCCAGAACCAGAAACCCCCUCAGCCUCUCGCACAUUGUCGACAAGAUCGAGGGCACAGUUCAACAUGCCCGAACUACUGUCUCCCCACACAACCCGAGACCAUCUCUUGACCAGACGCUUGCAGCUCAUGGCCUUGAGAUUCCUUACAUUGAUUUGCAGAUGCAGUUCAUCGGCGCGUCAGGACUGCCCAAGAUGGACAUAGUGGGUAGUGCAGAUCCAUAUUUCGUCGCAAACCUUGAUGGAAAGCUGUCUUUCAUGUCUAUGGUCAAGCAAAACAUGCUAUCUCCCAUGUGGAAUGAGAUAUGGUGUGUCAAGAACAUCCCCAGCACGGCUAACCUCCAAGUCAAGGUGAUGGACAAAGAUGAGGGGGUGACGGAUGACUACUUCGGCAAGUUCUCCAUUGACAGCACGCCCUCACAGGACAAACACCACCUCCAAUUCCCCUACCUCUUCGAUGGCCCCAUCCGUUACUCGCGACACUACUCCCCCACCGUCGGCCGCCUCACCAACCUCAACGACGCACGGCUCUACUCAACAUGGAAGAUCUUCCUCAAAGGUGUUCCCCUCUUCUUCCGGGACACCUUCCAGCCAUGGAACCGGAACUACAAAGCCACGCAAAGCAUCUUCCAAGGGGGCCCUGCCUCCCUCGCCGUACGGUCUGGAAUCCAGGCAGGCCAUCGGGUGUUAUAUGCCUGUACUGCGGACAAUGCCUUUGGUAUCAUCGAGGAUAGUAACGGAGUCCUGGAGCUAUUACACACCAGUUCCCAGGACGACAUAGGCCCGAUUGCGCAAAGGGUGAAACCAGCAGUGUACACAUACAUCAUCUCAGCCAAAGACGACUCGUUCCAGUUCUCCAAAACAGGUGCAGCCUUCUUCGUAGACUUUGCAUCCAAACACGCCCUCCACAGCAACUGCGCAGAAGUCGUCUGA